CUUUCGAUGUCCCGUUUGAAGUCUCUCAAGUAAAGUCUCUCAUACAGACCAAACAAAUAAAAAGACAACUCAACCAGGCAACGAAAGUAGAUCGUUACAAGCCUCUUUACAACAAACCCCUUUUACCACAAACCUACCAAACGAAAACUCAGUCAAAAUGGUCGCUGCCGUCGGAAUCGAUCUCGGAACCACCUACUCUUGUGUUGCCGUCUUCAGGCAAGACAGGGUGGAAAUCAUUGCCAACGACCAGGGUAACCGAACCACCCCUUCUUACGUCGCUUUCAACGAUACUGAGCGACUCAUCGGUGAUGCCGCCAAGAACCAGGUCGCCAUGAACCCCUACAACACCGUCUUCGACGCCAAGCGAUUGAUUGGCCGAAAGUUCGCCGACGAGGAGGUCCAGGCCGACAUGAAGCACUGGCCUUACAAGAUCAUCGACAAGGCCGGCAAGCCCGUCAUCCAGGUCGAGUACAAGGGAGAGGAGAAGCAGUUCACCCCCGAGGAAAUCUCUUCCAUGGUUCUCGUCAAGAUGAAGGAGACCGCCGAGGCCUACCUUGGAGGUGACGUCAAGGACGCCGUCGUCACCGUCCCUGCCUACUUCAACGACUCGCAGAGGCAGGCCACCAAGGACGCCGGUGCCAUCGCCGGAUUGAACGUCCUCCGAAUCAUCAACGAGCCUACCGCCGCCGCUAUCGCUUACGGUUUGGACAAGAAGAGCGAGGGCGAGAAGAACGUCUUGAUCUUCGACUUGGGUGGUGGUACUUUCGACGUUUCGUUGUUGACCAUCGAGGAGGGUAUCUUCGAGGUCAAGGCUACUGCCGGAGACACCCACUUGGGUGGUGAGGACUUUGACAACCGUCUCGUCAACCACUUUGUCCAGGAGUUCAAGAGGAAGAACAAGAAGGACUUGUCCCCCAACGCCCGAGCCGUUCGACGACUCCGAACCGCAUGUGAGCGAGCCAAGCGAACCCUCUCUUCCGCCGCCCAGACUUCGAUCGAGAUCGACUCCUUGUUCGACGGAAUCGACUUCUACACCUCGAUCACCCGUGCCCGAUUCGAGGAGCUCUGCCAGGACCUCUUCCGAUCCACCAUGGACCCCGUCGAGAAGGUCUUGAGGGACGCCAAGAUGGACAAGUCGACCGUCAACGAGAUUGUCUUGGUCGGAGGUUCUACCCGUAUCCCCAAGAUCCAGAAGUUGGUCUCCGACUUCUUCUCUGGCCGAGAGCCCAACCGAUCGAUCAACCCCGACGAGGCCGUUGCCUACGGUGCCGCCGUUCAGGCCGCCAUCUUGACCGGUGACACUUCUUCCAAGACCCAGGACUUGCUCCUCUUGGACGUUGCCCCCUUGUCCAUGGGUAUCGAGACCGCCGGAGGUGUCAUGACCCCCUUGAUCAAGAGGAACACCACCGUUCCCACCAAGAAGUCCGAGACCUUCUCAACUUAUGCUGACAACCAGCCCGGAGUUUUGAUCCAAGUCUUCGAGGGAGAGCGAGCCAGGACCAAGGACUGCAACUUGCUCGGAAAGUUCGACCUUUCGGGUAUCCCCCCUGCUCCUCGAGGAGUUCCUCAAAUCGAGGUCACCUUCGACGUCGACGCCAACGGUAUCUUGAACGUCUCGGCCCUCGAGAAGGGAACCGGAAAGACCCAAAAGAUCACCAUCACCAACGACAAGGGCAGGCUCUCUAAAGAGGACAUCGAAAGGAUGGUUGCUGACGCCGAGAAGUACGCCGCCGAGGACGAGCAGAUCAAGGAGAGGACAGCUGCCAAGAACUCAUUGGAGAGUUACGCCUAUAGCUUGAAGCAGACUCUUGAGAGCCCCGAGACCGGCGACAAGCUCAGCGACGCCGACAAGGGUCCCGUGAAGGAGAAGCUCGACGAGGUCCUCAAGUUCUUGGAGGAGUCUUCCGAGUCCGCUUCCAUCGAGGAGAUCAAGGAGAGGCAGACCGAGUUGGAGGGUCUCGCCAACCCCAUGAUGCAGAAGUUGUACGCUCAGGGAGGUGCCCCCGGCGGCAUGCCCGGUGGUGCCCCUGGUGCCGGUGCCGGCGACGCCAGCGGUCCCGAGGUCGAGGAGGUCGACUAAACGAGGACUUGCAAUCUUUAGUUUCCUGGAUAGACGCAUUUCGUUGACUUUUGUAGCGAACAAUAUUAAUGACGAUUGAUGUGAUUACGUUUCUGUUG